AGGCGGGCGAGGUCGGUGCCAGGCCCUGGGCCCGGCCGAAGGGGGUUCGGAGAGUGUGUGGAGGAGGAGACAAAAUGGCGGCGCGCGGGGGGGGGAGGCGGAGGGCGCCGGGCGCCAUCUUGAAUUAAUCGCUCGCCAUAGCCCGUGCUUCGCUGCAGCCCGGCCGGGCCGGAGGGGGGAGCCCCUGGCCCCGCUCUGCGCGGCGCCGGGCCGCAGGCUCCGCAGAGGGACAGCCUGCCCACCCCGCCGCUCCCCCGCCUCUCCCUCAUCCCCGCCUGGCAGCCAGCGAGUAGCAAGGGAGCUCGGCGCUUUCCGGCCCGCGGUGGCUUCCUGCGCUGCAGCGCUGGGGCUGCUAGCCUGCGUCCCGCCUGCCCGCGGCCUGGGUCGGGCCGGUUUUUGCGCAGCCAGCGCGGCGGUGGGAGGUUUUGCCCUCAGCGUCCUGCCCCGCCGCCAGCGAGGACGCAGGUGAGGAGGUGCAGUGUUCCUGGCCCUCUGGGUCCCCCUCGGUUGCGACCUCUUCUUCUCCAGCUUGACCGACCCCUCUGCUGCAGAGGUCUCCAGCACAGUGGAAAGUAGUUUCAGAGGGACGCCUGGGACUGGUUAUAUCCUUAAUUUAGGUUUUGUUGAGCGUUAGCUUAGGUGUCACCUGGUGCUCCUCUGUGAAAUCUGGAGAAGGCCUCUUUUGUAACCAGUUUCUGCAAAUACUCACAUCCCUGAACUACAACAAAAAGAAAAAAAAGACUUGUGUUGGUUUUUUUACGAUACCACAAUGAAAACAGCAGUGCUGAUUCUCCUUCCAAAACUGAGGGAGAUGCAUAAAGAAAUAAACAGCGAAAUGAUUACACUGUCACCUUUGUAACAUUGUUUUUAUUCCAUUUAUUCACCUGAUAAUGGUGGAGGUUAUAUCCAAGAUAAGGAUUAGGUGCUGCAGGAGUCUUGUUUUUAACCCUUUGUAUGUGUGAUUGAGAGUAUGUGUGCACAUGGCAUUCUCCAUAAAUGGGUUACGUAGGGAGAGUUAGGACACUGCAGCAGUGGUGUAGGCUGAACCCACGGUGGUCUCAUACCACCACGAAGCUUCAGACAGCUCAAGGCACCAAUCCAGUUGGGACAUACAAGGCAUGCUGUUUUUUUAAUGUGAUGUAGCAAGGCACGAUGGGGACGUGGUUGUGGUUGUACUCAAGUAUUUUUAGUGUGGGCUGGGGCUGCUGGACAAGAAUGGGAAAUUUUGCUGUUCUUUGCUUUAUUCUGGGAUGAGUGAGGGUUUCACUGUGUGAGUAUUCAGAUCUUCUUGCCUCUGAUCCCAGAUGAACAGAUAAACUGUUUUCUCCUUAGGAGUACAUAAGAGUAGCUUGUGUAUUUCCUUAUCCUAAGGAUGGCCUUUCCAAGUUCUCUCUUUUUUUUUUUCUUUACUUUCCUGCUCCCUCUUUUUUUAGCUUAAAUACCGACCGUUUCCGUUGCAUAUUAAAGACUUUAUAGAAUUACUUUAUUUCAAGUAACUCUACUUUUAAAGUUGCUCUCUCUUGACAGCUUGGUCAUUUCUUCUUAGUUCAUCUUGAUUACCUUGCUAGGCCUAUUAAGUCAAGGACUUGUGUGCGGCAAAACUAUUUCAUGUCUGCAUUGCUUUUCUUGACUGGUUGUAUUCAGGAAGAGGUUUAUGGAAAAGACCGUAUUUCGUUUGCAGAGUUUACUUAAUUGCUUACAGCUUAAUACUAUUCAUUCCACAAAUACAUAUAUUACUAUUUGUCCUUUCACUUGAAAAUAUUGCCUUGACAUUCAUAAAACCAAAACCAGCCAAGUCUCUGAAUAAAUACAUAAAAAUCAAUAUGUAAGAACUACCUUUGCAGGUUGUGUUAGGUGUUUUUUAGGGUUGUAUUAGUUCUAAAUCUACAUGAUAACGAUAUACCCAAAACAAGUAAAAAAUGUAGGUGUUCAGAUCUUUGCAGAGAUGAAAACCCAUUGCUAAGCUGCCUAGGCUUUUCCUGUUCUAGUUAGAAGAGCUGUUCCCAAAUUACUGGGUUUUGAGCAAAGAACCAUAUAGAUUCAGCCACUGAGAAGGAUAAAAUGUUCUCUUUCUGGGCACCUGCUUCUCUUCAAGAGUUUUGGUUCCCAAACCAGAACUGGGAAUGCUUCUGUCUGCUUCAUUGCCAGAACCUGCUUCUGAGGUAAGUGUUGCUGGAAUAUUUUGAAAGAGCUAAGAGGAGUUUCUGCCCUUCUUGAAACCUUGCAGGAAGAACUAUUGGAAUUGCUUCUUAGCCUCAAGAUAGAGUUUAGGGCGAUUACCAAGGAAUGUGAAGGUAUUUUGGUGUGGUGCUUGCUGUUAGACACUUUGAUAUUUCUCACGUCACCGAAGAGUGGCCUUACCGCAGAGCUGCCGGUGGGUGCAGAACCACUGGGCAUACCUUCCUUUGUGUGGUGAACCUAGGAGUGCUGUGCUGGUCCACUGAUCAGAUGAAGAGGAAACAGGAAGAAAUACAGCAUUUUCUCAUCUGCUGCUUAGAAAGUUCAAACCCUGACAUUCUUUCAGGAUACUUUUAGGGAUUUUUUUUUCCCGACCAUGAACAAAUGUGUUGAUGCCUUUUGGACUGCAGAUUUUGAAUGAGGUGCCUUUAAUGUUUUAAACAGUUUACUUAAAUCCUGUUUUAGAUGCCUGACUCCUCUUUUAAUCCUUUUCCCACAGCACACAUUUCUGCGUACAAGUGGGAGUCUGUGCCCUACUGGAGCACUUGUAAAGCCUCUAUGGCCUUUCGCAGGUGUAGGAAUUUGUGUACAUGGAUCUGUUGGCUGGAUCUGGGUACAGAGUUCACUGUGGGAAACCUUAUGUAGGAAGAAAUUGAGAGAAAGUGCUUUUUUUUUUUCCUCCUUUGGAUACCAAAGCAUAAGUCUGUGUCCUUUUAAAGACGGAGUCUUGAAAACUCUGUUGCCUGGGAAGCUUCUCCAGUCAGUUUGUGUUGAACAUGAGUCUUCAUUUUGCAGAAUGUUAUGCCUCUGUAGGUGAAAACAGCUGGCUAAUACAGAAGAGGCCAUGCUGGAACGCAGAGCAUGCAUGCAAUUGAAGGUUUGCUGGGCCGUCAGCACAGGUGGCUGUGUCUUUACAAAAUUGCAUCAUCAUGAACACCACAGAGACUCGCUGGUUUUAGCAGCUGUCACUGGGAAUGUGGGCAGUGGUGAGAGCAGCAGUGAAGAGAUGGUGUCGGUGGGCUGGCUCUAGAAGCUGGAACGUAGUGGUGGUGGACUCUAAGUCUCACAGGGAAGAUGACAGACAAAUGGAAGAUGGAGAGCCUUACAGACACGGUGAAGAAUUUGCGGAGAGGUCAGGAUAGAGAAAGGAGGAGUACGUGCAUGAAUCAUAAGCAGUGGGAAUUUGUGGUGGUCAGGUGGGUGGUGAAAGCAGGAAAUAGAGAAAAGGAGUGCCAGUUCCUCCAGUGGCUGGAGGUGAACUGACACUUCAAGCUCAUUGGCUUCCAGAUGAUCAGAGGCCAGUAUGUAUGGUACUAAAGCCCACAAAAGCAUAGUCAUAAACAGCAUUUUGGCUUUUCCCCAAGACCUGAACAGUGAGCACUAGCUUCUGAUGGACAUUGUCAGAGGAGGGAGGCCUUGAGUUUCCACCAACUCUAAAUCCCUCUGCCUCCUCCCCCCAAAAUCUCUAGAAAGUUGAUACAAUUUUGCUACAAUUUAUGAGUAGCAUGGUUUUGUGCAAGUGUUGGGAGUGUACUAUAGUUGUGAACUGGAAAGAUUAAAUGAGAAGGUAAUGGACAAUGUAAGUACCAAGAUGCAAGAAGUUAGAGAAGAGUUCAGCAAGAGCUAAGCACCGAAAAUGACAAUAAAGAUGACAACAUGUUUAGGUGAAAUUUGUAAUGGAUUGGCUAGGUAUGUUGUGAAAGAAGUAAACGAAUUUGGGCAGGAAUAAAUCUUUAGUAGAUGAUUGCAUGAAAGCUUGUUUCUUCUCUUUUCUUGUUUCUCUGGCCUAGCAGGAGUUGAUCACAUCAGUCAAGCAAUGUUUUGAAACAGAGCAAGAAUAAGUAUUUUCUACAAAUAACUGUUGCAGCUUUGUGUUUUUAUCCUCUUAAAGACUUAUGUGUUAGUUGCCAUAGUUUUGAAAAGGUGAUGAUUCUUAUGGAAACCUUGGGCAGAAUCUUAAUGUUUUUUCUAGGCCUUUUGUGAAGGUAGCACUGAAGUUGGGAGAUUCCUGUCACUGAAAAUUGCUGAAGUCUGUGUUGUCCACUUACACAGAAACAUUAGGCAGCAUUCUGCUGCCUCUUGCUGGUUCAGUGCUUAUAAAGCUAGUUGUCUUUAAGUGCAAGUUUGCAUUAGAUCACAUUUUAACCAGCUAGGUUUGCCUUAUCCUAAUUGCAGUGCUUGUAUGUGAAGAGAAAAAAUCAGAGUGGGGUUUUGGAUCUAGUUAGCAUUUUGACUUUGUAGUAUUGAUUGGCUCUUUUGGUAAGAGUUGAAAGCAUUGAUGUGUUGAAGAAAAGCUGACAUUCCAUUGACAGAAUUUGAUAUUUGGCAGUUUUUGAGAACUGGUGAUAUUUGAAAUAUAAAAGCAAAUUGGUACAUUGUCCUGUGGCAGGUGUAUUCUAAAUAUUCACACAUCUGAAGUUUGAAAACCCAUGGUGUUGUACUGUGGAAGCAGUUUACAUUGUUGAUUUCAGUUUCUGAAAUGGACUAAGAGUGACUUUCUCUUGACUGUCCAAGAUUAUGAACACAGGCGCAUCAGAAGUGAAGUGUUUCAGAUUGCUGGCUGCGUACCUUUAACUUCAUCUUCUUGAGCUUUACUGAUUUGAGAACAGUGUGUGCGCUGCCAUCCAAGAAAGACUUGAAUGUGAACUUUUUUUUUCCCCCAAGUAAGAUUAUAAGGAAAUCAUAUUUCCUUAUCACUUUAUCACAGCUUUUUCUGUUUUCUCUGUAUUUCUGGGUUUUUAAUAAUUGGCCUGGGAUAGUCAGAGAUUGCCCUCCUUGUACUGAGUUGUGGGUGUUUGGUGCUCUAGAGCAGUAGUUCUUGAAUGCCAAGGGAACGUACUCUGAGUGAUACCUGGGCUAUCUUCAGGUCAAGAGAUGUUCUCCAUUCAGUUUCAUAUGCCCAGAAUUUCAGCUUUUCCUGUGAUGAGUAUUGCACAGGCAGAGGCAAUCUUCUUAGCAUAAUACUUAUGACUUAAAUAACCUUUCUUCUUUACCUUCUACAGACACUGUGACUGAUGAGAGUUAAAGGCCAUGGAUGAAGAUGGGCUUGAAUUGCAGCCACAUGAGCCAAAUGCAUUUUUUGAUCCAACAGGAGCUGAUGCCACACAUAUGGAUGGAGAUCAGAUUGUUGUGGAAGUACAGGAAACAGUAUUUGUUUCAGAUGUAGUUGACUCAGAUAUAACCGUGCAUAAUUUUGUUCCUGACGAUCCAGAUUCUGUAGUAAUCCAAGAUGUCAUUGAGGAUGUCGUUAUCGAGGAUGUUCAGUGUCCAGAUAUUAUGGAGGAGCCAGAUGUAUCUGAAACUGUCAUUAUUCCUGAACAAGUGCUGGACACAGACGUGGCUGAAGAGGUUUCUUUGGCUCAUUGCACUGUCCCAGAUGAUGUUCUGGCUUCAGACAUAACAGCAGAAGCGAUGUCUAUACCGGAACAUGUACUGACAAGUGAGUCAAUGCAUGUACCUGAAGUUGGACAUGUAGAACAUGUAGUUCAUGAUAACGUUGAAGAAGCAGAUAUUGUCACUGAUACUCUGGGAACAGAUGUUGUUUCUGAAGAAGUCUUGGUGGCAGACUGCGCAUCGGAAGCAGUGAUCGACGCCAAUGGGAUCCCUGUGGAACAUCAAGACGAGAAGGGCAACUGUGAAGAUUACCUGAUGAUUUCUCUGGAUGAUGCUGGUAAGAUAGAACAUGAAGGUUCUGCUGAAAUUACCAUGGAAGCAGAGUCAGAAAGUGGAUCUUGUAAAGUGGAUGGCAUUUGUCCAGAAGUCAUCAAGGUCUAUAUAUUCAAAGCAGACCCUGGAGAAGAUGAUUUAGGGGGCACGGUAGACGUUGUGGAGAGCGAGCCAGAAAAUGAUCACGCAGUUGGCUUACUUGAUCAAAAUAGCAGUAUUCGUAUUCCAAGGGAGAAAAUGGUUUACAUGACUGUAAAUGAUUCUCAGCACGAAGACGAAGAUUUAAAUGUUGCAGAAAUAGCCGAUGAGGUUUAUAUGGAAGUGAUAGUAGGAGAGGAAGAUGCAGCAGUCACCCAUGAACAGCAAAUUGAUGACAAUGAAAUUAAAACUUUCAUGCCAAUAGCAUGGGCAGCUGCUUAUGGUAAUAAUAACGAUGGCAUUGAAAGUCGGAAUGGCACUGCAAGUGCUCUUUUGCACAUAGAUGAAUCAGCGGGACUUGGGAGACUGGCAAAGCAAAAACCAAAGAAGAAAAGGAGACCUGAGUCCAGGCAGUAUCAAACAGCAAUAAUCAUUGGCCCUGAUGGUCAUCCACUGACAGUCUAUCCCUGCAUGAUUUGUGGAAAGAAAUUUAAAUCUAGAGGUUUCUUGAAAAGGCACAUGAAAAACCACCCGGAGCACCUUCUUACUAAGAAAAAGUACAGAUGCACAGACUGCGAUUACACUACGAAUAAAAAAAUAAGUUUACAUAACCACUUGGAGAGUCAUAAGCUGACCAACAAAACAGAAAAGCUUAUUGAGCGUGAUGAGUGUGGGAAAAGCUUCUCUCACGCGGGAGCGUUAUUUGCGCACAAGAUGGUGCACAGGGACAAAGGAGUGAAUAAAAUGCACAAGUGCAAAUUCUGCGACUAUGAGACAGCAGAGCAAGGAUUGCUAAGUCAUCACCUUUUAGCUGUCCACAGCAAGAACUUUCCUCAUAUUUGCGUGGAGUGUGGCAAGGGAUUUCGUCAUCCGUCGGAGCUCAAGAAGCACAUGCGAAUCCACACUGGUGAAAAACCGUACCAGUGCCAAUAUUGUGAAUACCGAUCUGCCGACUCUUCCAACUUGAAAACUCACGUAAAGACUAAGCAUAGCAAGGAAACGUCGUCCAAGUGCGACAUUUGUUUCCAGACUUUUUCAGAUACCAAAGAGCUACAGCAGCAUACGCUUAUGCAUCAAGAAAGCAAAACGCAUCAGUGUUUGCAUUGUGACCAUAAGAGCUCAAACUCGAGUGAUCUGAAACGACACAUAAUUUCGGUCCACACAAAAGACUAUCCCCAUAAGUGUGAUAUGUGUGAUAAAGGCUUUCACCGGCCUUCGGAACUGAAAAAACACGUGGCGGCUCACAAGGGUAAAAAAUUACACCAAUGCAGACAUUGUGACUUUAAGAUUGCAGAUCCGUUUAUUCUGAGUCGCCACAUACUCUCAGUUCACACAAAGGAUCUUCCAUUCAGGUGCAAGAGAUGUAGGAAGGGCUUUAGGCAACAAAACGAGCUGAAAAAACACAUGAAAACACACAGUGGCAGGAAAGUUUAUCAAUGUGAGUACUGUGAGUAUAGCACUACAGACGCCUCAGGCUUCAAACGGCAUGUUAUUUCCAUUCAUACAAAAGACUACCCUCACCGAUGUGAGUAUUGCAAGAAGGGUUUCCGAAGGCCUUCAGAGAAGAACCAGCACAUUAUGCGGCAUCAUAAAGAUGUUGGGCUGCCUUAAAGUCUCUGUCACAGACUUACGGCUGGAAUCGCAAAGGAAUUUUGCCUUUCGGGCAGUUAGCUUAUUUUAAAGCCAAUCACCUGCGAUCACACACACGUACAAAAAAAAACAAAAAAACAACAAAAAAAAAACCACACAAAAAAAACCCCCAUACUGUGCAUUUGAUUUGUUGCUGUAUAAAAAUAGGAUUAUCGCUUCUAGUUGACUUUUAUACCUUUUGUUCAAUAGCGUGUUCUGAAUUCUAUUCAGUUUGUUUAAUAAAUGAAGAAAAGAUGGCAACAAUAAAGUUGCAUUUAAUAAAGUAAACCCUGUCUCUUAAUGAAUUUUUCAACCGUAAUAGUUUAAGUAUAUUUAUCUUACUGACCUCGUUGAUACUCACAGUGUCCAUGUUAAUGCAGUUUUGUUGUGAAUUUGAAAAAUAUGAAAUUUCUCAUGCUAAAAUUGUCAGAGGUGUGUAUGAAAUGGGGAAUUGUAACGCUAAAGUCACUAGGGCCCACCUGAUUGUCUUGUUCUGACUAUACAGACUUUGUGGCAAGUUAACUGUGUUACCUUUAAGGAGUUACACGUCUAACUUCAUUGCGGGAAAACUCUUCUGCGUUUUUAAUUCAGGUUUCAAAGGUAAAAUUUUAAAAUGGUUUGGGGCAUUUUUUUUUUUUUAUCUUUGACAAACUUACAAGUAUGCUCAAACAUGUUUAUUGUUCUGUGCUUCUUUGUCUCGGGAAGGUUUUGCUUGUUACAGAGGAGUUGGUUUUUCCUUUCAAUUUACUGCUGACUUGGUAUUGGAAACACGAAAUACUGUUGUUCCAUUUGCAGAGUUAAUAGAUCGCAACUGUCUGUACGUGCCGGUAAAUGUACCUCAGUUGUAAUGGCUUUAUGUGUAUUAGCAUUUCUUUGGAAGAACAGUGUGUGGUUCGAGUCACGUUUCUAUUCUGAGUUGACUUAGAAUAAAAUUUAAGACCAAGAGGUGCCUCGAUUUUGGAAAUGAGAUGCUGACAUUGAGAGCUUCAGAGGGGUCGGAACGGGGCAGUUGUGUUGAUAAGGAGUAGAGGUGUUUUCAUGUAGAUACCCUUCAUCAGAAGAAUAACUUAGGAAAGGAGCAGAACUGUUUCUAAAUCAAAUGUUUCUCCUGAGCCAUUAGCAGCUGUGUUGAGCUGCUGUUUAUUAAUGAGUACGGCAUCCAGAAUUAACCCAGUUCUUGUGAUCUGUUGAUAAACAGCCGGGAGAACAUUACAAUUGUUAUAUGCAAUUUUGCCACCUGAAGACUAUUACAAAGUACUGCUGUAUCAUUUGCUAAUUGCAGAGUAAAUAAAUGUACGAAGCGUGAAGUCAUGUACGUUAACAACAACUGUUGGGCAAAAACAGAAAAAAGGAUUUAAUUAUAUGCCAGAUUUUAGGGCCCGGGCCCCCUCCCCUUUCUCAAAUCCCCCUGAAGCUGCCAGCUGACUGCGCAUUGCAGAAUUUCGACCCGAUUCGGAUAGAUUCGGAACCAACCAUUCACUAAUGGCAAAGAUUGACGGCCCGUCCCAGCGCUUUCCCUUGUUUGUGGGCAGGUGAGCGUCCUGUUAAACAGGAAUUUCAGUAACCAUUUCGAAUUUGGGGCCAUAAAGGGACAAAGGUUUCCUCUCAGACGUGUACCUUCUAAACAUUCUGUGUUUGGUUUUGUUACCGAGCCCUUGUGCUUCACUGUCAGCUUCAGUACUUCUGUUUCAUUAACUUCGCUGAUUUGGGAGAGCCUAAAGCCACGUCCCUGCCUUGUACAGCACUGCUGCUUUGGAUGCUGCCUAGCAGUGCCCCCAGACUUGUGCGGCGUGCCGUGCCAUGCCGUGCGUCCCGGCACCCUCAGUGCGUGGUGCUGCUCCACGCCUCCACUGAAAUCCUGGCUGCACUCAGUGGAUUUUCUCUGUGGCCGCAGCUGUCCGCCCACCGCCUCCGGAUUGCCAAAUCAGAUGUGUUAAAACACAGCGGAGGUUCUCCACGCGCGUCUUACAGAGUUCCCUUCUCCAGCUUCCCCCCCCCCCCCCCCCCCCCCCCCCCCCGCCUUAACGUUCAGGCAUUUUCUAACUGGAAACCUGAGAAGUGUACAAAAUCUGCGUAAAUUCCCAUAGGAUUUUAGCCAUUUUUGACUUUAUUUUUUUUAAAUAAGCUGAAAGACAAAGAACACAAUUUUACACGUUUUCUUUCUCUUACGUAGCCUGGAAUCAUACACACACUUUUUUUUUUUUAAAGCACAAUGUUGAAACUUUUUUUUUUUUUAAAUAAUUGAGGGUUUGGUCAAGUGGAUUUUGUAAAAUGUAUUUGUCUGUAUAAAGAGAAAAUGAAAAUAUAGUUAUUGUUAAUGUACUGACAUUAGUUACAGGUUAGUUUUAAUUCUUAAAUAAUUUGCUUAGCAAAUGCUAUGAAUGGAUGUUUCAGUUUAAUGUUUAAAAAGGUACAGAUUUUUACAAGGACAUAAUAUAAAUUAUUGUUCUGUAGAAAAUACCCUGUUAAAUAUUGUAUACGUCCUUCCCUCUGUACACUUUGUAAAAAAGACAAAAGAAAAAAACAAAGUACAUAGAAUCAUAUAGGGAUGUGUGACAUUAUUGUAACUGUGUACUUGAUAAUAACGUGAAAAAAUAAAAUUCAAAGUAUUUUCCUGUUAA